CCUCCUCUGGAUUCCCUCCACGACCACCACCGCACAGGCCAAAGCUAAACCAAGGCCACUCGCUUAGUACACGCAGGCCACACGACCGACGGCGGGAACUAAUCUGAUGGCCGGAGUUGGAGGGGACGGCCAGCUGAGGCUGCUGGGCGCGUGGCCGAGCCCGUUCGUGCACCGGGUGCGCGUGGCGCUGCACCUCAAGGGGCUGGAGUACGAGAACAUGGAGGAGGACCUCACCAACAAAAGCGACCUGCUCCUCACCUCUAACCCCAUCCACAAGAAGGUCCCCGUGCUCCUCCACGACAAUAGGCCCAUCUCGGAGUCCCUCGUCAUCGUGCAGUACCUCAACGAUGCCUUCCCUGGCGCCGGCCAAGCCAUCCUCCCCGCCGACGCCUACGACCGCGCCGUCGUCCGCUUCUGGGCCGCCUACAUCGACGACAAGUUCUUCGCCGCGUGGAUUAAGGCGCUCAAGGGGACGACGGAGGAGGAGAAGGCGGCGGCGACGGCGGACACGCUUGCGGCGCUGGAGACGCUGGAGGAGGCGUUCGCCGAGCUCUCCGGGGGUAAAGGAUUCUUCGCCGGCGACGCGCCCGGGUACUUGGACGUUGUGCUGGGAGGCUUCGUCGGGUGGUUGCGCGCGUGGGACAAGGUAGCCGGCGUGAAGCUCCUGGACGCCAGCCGGACCCCUCUCCUCGCCGCGUGGGCGGAGCGCUUCGCCGCGCUCGACGCCGCCAAGGGGGUCAUCCCGGACCCCGACCAGAUCGCCGAGUUCGCCAAGGGGCUGCAGGCACGAAUGGCUGCAGCUGCCGACCCUGCUGCUGCGAGCAACUGAGCCGACAAGUGAAUUAAUGCUGCUGCGCCAAAUUGAAAUGGAGGCUAAUUUGGUGAUCGAUGAAUCAAUUUCUGCUUGUCUGGUCUUGUGCACUGUAAUUGUUUCCUCGUGAUCUGGUUCUGAUAAUGAGUGAAAUAAGCCUUCUCGA